AUCUGCAAAGGAAGUUGCUGGGAUUCUUAUGAAAGCUUUAUUUUGUGCAGAAUUGUCCGAGAUAUCUCUCCUAGGUGCCCUAUGGUACUUCAAUUGUAGUGGGGGAGUACUCAGAAUAAGCUCAAUAACAAAUGGUGCUCAGGAGAAAAAGGUUGAAGGAGGAACUCAGCAAAUAUCAGAAGGUCUUGCUAAAUUGGUAGGGGAUUAUGUGAAGCUUAGUUCUCCAGCUGUUUAUAUAAAAUAUGAUGAUCAUACAGUCAUAGUUAAAGAUUCUCAUGGCAACGUUUAUGAGGCUAGGUAUGUGAUAAGUUCAGUGCCUCCACCACUUCUCAACCGGAUAGAGUUUGAUCCUCCGUUACCAUGGGAACGAUUACAACUAAUGCAAAAAAUGCCAAUGGGAUCAAUAAUUAAAACAGUGAUGUAUUAUAAAACACAGUUUUGGAAAAAAUUAGGUAAAUGUGAAUGUUGUUAUUAAUUGGCCUGAAAAAUCAAUUAAAAUAGUACAGAUUGUUCAGAAAAGAUUAUGAAAUAAAUAGAAGUGAGUUGCAUUUAUACUAAUAAUUUAUUGAACAUGUAUAUGUUGUUUAGAUUGUCAAUCAAUGUGUAUUGUUUGAAUAUAUUAACUGGAGACUUAUUCUUUUGGGUAGUGUUUUUUUAGUUUCCAUAAUUAGUUUGGAUUUACCUAUUGAAAUGAUAGUAUAGUUCUAGUCCACUGGCCUAUCGGAUAAGUACUACAGAAUUGAAAUCUUGUAAAUGCAAGUUUGAAUCCUUGACAAACAUUUUUCAAAUUUGUUUCACAAAAAAUAUUUCUUGUUAUUUUUAAAUUCAUACAAUGACUGAUUCACAUGCACUAAAACACAGUGGUGAAGUUUCCAAAAUAUAAUUAAAAAAAAAAAUAUGAGGAAAAUAUACUGUAUAAGUGGUUAAUUUUGCGACUUGGAAAUAUUUGCGAUUUAUGCAAAUAUUUGAUUACGCAAAAAUUAUUUCUUUU